CUCUUCGCGUGAGAAACAGUUGGUUACCGAGUUACCGGUAAUGUUAAUGGUCUUGGUUUUUUAACUAUCAUCUAAAUCAGUUUAUGUUUAUUUUAUUUCAAUUAAAUUCAAGUGGAGUGUCUACAACGAAAUCAAGAUUCCUCUUGAUCACCAUAGUUCUAAUCAUCUUCAUCUUCAUCCCCUCUCCAUACAAGUCCGACCAAUGGAUCAUCAUCAGUUGGAGCCUAAAUCCAAACCUGGAUCUGCUCGUAAAUUGGUUAUCAAAAAUUUUUCCAAACCUUUAUUACCCGUUAACUAUCUCGAGGACACAUGGUCUAAACUUAAAUUUGCAGUAAUUGCUAUUCAAACAUCCAAAGCCAUCGCAAUGCCUUUAGAAGAAUUGUAUAAAGCGGUUGAAAAUAUUUGCUCUCAUAAGAUGGCCUCUCAAUUAUAUUCUAAUCUGGAGCAGCUUUGUGAGGCACAUGUUAAACAAAAUAUUAGCCAGUUUAUUGAUUGUUCUAUGGAUUCGUUGACUUUCCUUAAAACGAUGGAUACCUGUUGGCAGGAUCAUUGUCGUCAAAUGAUAAUGAUAAGAAGCAUAUUUCUUUUCCUCGAUAGAACUUAUAUUCUACAAAAUGCAGCCAUAACAUCAAUCUGGGAUAUGGGCUUAGAAAUGUUUAGAGUUAAUAUUAUCAGUAAUUGGCAAGUUCAGAGUAGAACUGUCGAUGGGUUACUGCAACUAAUACACCAAGAACGCCAAGGAGAAACUGUUGAUCGUUCAUUGCUGAAAAGCUUGUUGCGUAUGCUUUGUGAUCUCCAAAUAUACCAAGAAGUGUUUGAAGGUAAAUUUUUAAAGGCCACAGAAGAACUGUAUGCAGAAGAAGGCCAAAGGUUGAUGCAAGAAUUGGAGGUAGCAGCAUACUUAGCGCAUGUUGACAAACGAGUUAAUGAAGAAACUGAGAGACUUCUACACUAUUUGGACCAUUCUACUCGGAAACCAUUAAUCACCUGUGUUGAAAAGCAGUUAAUUAGUGAACAUUUAUCGAGUAUACUUCAAAAAGGUCUAGAUCAGCUCUUGGAUGAGAACCGACUGGACGAUUUAACACUCAUGUAUAAUUUACUAUCCCGAGUGAAAGAAGGAUUAGUUGAAUUGUGUACACAUUUUAAUCAAUAUAUUAAGAAACGUGGUAAAGUGAUCGUGACCAAUCCUGAAAAAGAUAAAACUAUGGUUCAAGAAUUACUCGAUUUUAAGGAUCAAAUGGAUCUCAUUGUGAAUCAAUGUUUCAAUAAGAAUGAAAAAUUUGUUAACUCGUUGAAAGAAGCCUUUGAACAUUUUAUAAAUCAAAGACCUAACAAACCAGCUGAAUUAAUAGCAAAAUUCGUCGACUCUAAACUCAGGGCAGGUAACAAAGAAUCCACCGAAGAGGAAUUGGAGAGGCUUUUAGACAAGAUUAUGGUGCUCUUCCGUUUUAUUCAUGGUAAAGAUGUUUUCGAAGCCUUUUAUAAGAAAGAUUUAGCUAAAAGACUUUUAGUCGGCAAGUCAGCAUCUGUGGAUGCAGAAAAGUCAAUGCUAUCCAAAUUGAAACAAGAAUGUGGAGCCGGUUUCACAAGCAAACUAGAAGGAAUGUUUAAAGACAUGGAACUAUCGAGAGAACUCAAUCUUGCCUUCAAACAAUACCGUUCAAAUGCCAAGUCAAAAGCUGUUUCCAGUAUCGACAUGACAGUUAAUAUUCUCACAAUGGGCUAUUGGCCAACUUACCCGGUGAUGGAGGUUCAUAUGCCUUCCGAAAUGGUUCAAUACCAAGAAAUGUUUAAAAAAUUUUAUUUAGGUAAACACAGUGGACGUAAAUUACAGUGGCAACCAAAUCUCGGUCAUUGUGUCUUGAAAGCUCAAUUUCCUUCGGCAUUAAAAGAAUUGAGUGUGUCUUUAUUUCAAGCUUUAGUACUUAUCCUGUUCAACGACAGAGAUAGACUGUCUCUUGAAGAAAUUAAACAAUUAACUACAAUAGAAGAUGGUGAAUUACGUAGAACGUUACAGUCUUUGGCUUGUGGUAAAGCUCGAGUUCUUCGUAAACAGCCUUCAGGUCGUGAUGUUGAGGAUGGAGAUAGAUUUAUUUAUAAUGCUGAAUUUAAGCAUAAUUUGAUCAGAAUCAGAAUAAACCAAAUUCAAUUAAAAGAGACUCAAGAGGAGCAAACAAACACUCAGGAAAGAGUUUUCCAAGAUAGACAAUAUCAAAUUGAUGCUGCUGUUGUACGGAUUAUGAAAACUAGAAAAUCAUUGACUCAUACUAAUCUUAUUUCCGAACUUUAUGAUCAACUGAGAUUUCCGGUCAAGCCUCUUGAUUUAAAGAAAAGAAUAGAGAGUUUAAUAGAAAGAGACUACCUGGAAAGAGAUAAGGAAAAUCCUAAUUUGUACCAUUACCUUGCUUGAAAUCAAAGCUAAAUUCAUCGUGAUUUCAUUGUGAUACCAGCUUCUAUUGAGUUUUUUCAUCCCUUAUUAAAUAUGGGAUUAAUUGCUCUAAAUUAGUAAACAAAACAUAAUAAGUGUUCACCUCAUUAAAAAGUGAAAAAGAAUAUUUGUUGUAAACAAAUCGAUUAAUGUUUACUUUUAUUCCGUAAAUUGGUGCCUGUACAGUUUAAUAAAAGUAAAUCGUUUAAAAUACCAAA